AUGGAACCCCGCCAUUUCUGCUGCGCUUUGCUGAUGCUCCUCCUCGUCUUCCGGCGAGCCGGUGCCCAGGACAACACAAACUACACCGUCCCCGCGCAGUUCGCCUGUAACGUGUCGUCGCCGCCGUGCGACACGUACGUCGUGUACCGGACGCAGUCCCCGGGCUACCAGGACCUCGGCAGCAUCUCGGACCUCUUCGGCACGAGCCAGGCCCGGAUCGCAAGCGCCAACAAUCUCAGCUCCGAGGACGGCGUGCUGCAGCCAGGCCAGCCGCUGCUCGUGCCCGUCAGCAGGUGCGGCUGCACGGGCGGCUGGUCCUUCGCCAACGUCACGUACCCCAUCCGGCAAGGCGACACCUUCUUCAACCUCGCCAGAGUCUCCUACGAGAACCUCACCGAGUACCAACUCAUCCAAAAUCUGAACCCGGGGUCGGUACCCACCAGUCUACAGGUCGGGCAGGAGGUCACGGUGCCGCUCUUCUGCCAGUGCCCGGCUCGCGCUGAGCGGAGCAGCUUCAUCACAUACGUGUGGCAACCAGGGGACACCAUGUCCCAGGUGAGCAAGCUGAUGAACGCCAGCGGUGACGAGAUUGCCGAGGCGAACAACGUCACCAGCAGCUCUGCCUCCGCGUCCCUCGUGGGGCAGCCGAUGCCGAUCCCAGUUCAACAGCGGCCGCGGCUUCCGCCGCUGCUCUACGCUGCUAGUGCAGGCGACGGCAAGUCCCGGUGGCGACGUCGGGCUGUCAUCAUAGGCGCCAGCGUCUCGGGGUCUCUCGUCGCGCUCGCCGCCUUGUUCCUGGCGAUCCUGGCGCACCGAAGGUACGGAAAGAAGCCGUCGAUGCGCCUGGGUUCACGGUUCGCCGGGAACACCAAGCUUUCUUGGUCCAGGAACCAAUACGGCCAUGACAGCAGUAACUCCUUCGCUCAUCACAUGAUGAAAGGAGGGAAGCUGCUCACCGGCGUGUCUCAGUUCAUCGACAAGCCCAUCAUCUUCGUGGAAGAGGAGAUCAUGGAAGCCACGAUGAACCUUGACGAGCGGUGCAAGAUCGGCAGCACGUACUACCGGGCGAAGCUCGACGGGGAGGUGUUUGCGGUGAAGCCUGCGAAAGGCGACGUGUCAGCGGAGUUGAAGAUGAUGCAGAUGGUCAAUCACGCCAACCUGAUCAAGCUGGCCGGCAUAUCCAUCGGCGCUGACGGGGACUACGCGUUCCUGGUGUACGAGUUCGCCGAGAAGGGCUCGCUCGACAAGUGGCUGUACCAGAAGCCACCGUCCGCGCUGCCAUCGUCGUCGUGCUGCACCGUGGCAACUCUCUCGUGGGGCCAGAGGCUGAGCAUCGCGCUGGACGUCGCCAACGGCCUACUCUACAUGCACGAGCACACGCAGCCGAGCAUGGUGCACGGCGACAUCCGCGCGCGGAACAUCCUCCUGACGGCGGAUUUCAGGGCCAAGAUAUCAAGCUUCUCCCUGGCCAAGCCAGCCACGGCCGACGCCGCCGGGACGAGCUCCGACGUGUUCGCCUUCGGUCUGCUGCUCCUGGAGCUCCUGUCCGGCAGGAGGGCGAUGGAGGCGCGCGUCGGCUCGGAGAUCGGCAUGCUGUGGAGGGAGAUCCGUGGCGUGCUGGACGCCGGCGACAAGAGGGAGGCAAAGCUGAUCAAGUGGAUGGAACCCGCUCUGGGAAGCGAGUACCACAUGGACGCGGCUUUUAGCCUGGCCGGCAUGGCGAGGGCCUGCACCGAGGACGACGCGGCGAGGCGGCCGAACAUGACCGAGGUCGUGUUCAGCCUCUCCGUGCUGGUGCAGCCGUUGUCAGUGGCCGACGGAUUCGAGAAGAUGUGGCAACCCAGUUCGGACGACAACAUUCGGAUGGCCAGCUCGGUGUCAGCUCGAUAA